AUGGCCACGGCCUCUCAGACAAAUCAACAGCAAGACGCGAUGCCACCGUCCAAGCCCGAGCUUGCGCCUGAGCCGCCGCAGGACGCGCCGCGGGUGCACCAGGCACCAAAGCGUUCCGCCUUCGGUUCCCUCCUCUCCCGAACUUUGCCUCAGUACAGCGGGCCGUUCCCUGUCGGCGUGUGCGACGUCGAGAUCCCGGUCGAGCCGCAGACGUUCGGCUCGUUCCGACACAAGUCGAUGCCGGACGCGCCGGCCGGGCUCGCGCUCGAGACCGUCAUGUUCACGCUGUUCUACCCCGCGGAGGCACCGAAACACCCCGUCCCCGCCGUUUGGUUUCCAAAGCUCCGACAGACGAUCGACGGAUUCCUGAAGAUGGCGAAGCGGACGCCCAACAUCUGGUACAAGAUGGUCGGGUACCCCGUCGCCGCCGCGGCGAUCUACGGCAGCACCUUCCCCGCGACCAAGGACGCGCCGCUGGCCUCGCCCCCGCCCGAGAUCGGCAAGUGGCCGCUCAUGCUCUUCUCGCACGGCGUCGGCUGCUCGCGCCUGAUGUACUCGGCUUUCUGCGGCGAGAUGGCGUCGCGCGGGUACGUCGUCGCCUGCGUCGAGCACCGGGACGGCACCUCGCCGAGCAGCACCGUCGUCGCGGAGGACGGCUCGAAGAAGAGGUUCGACUGGCUCGAGUGGAGCGAUCUCGAGUGGCCGGAGAUCCCGAAGGAUAAGCAGCCGACGGACGACACGACGCUCCGCCACGAGCAGAUCAAGUUUAGGGUAGCGGAGUUCGAGGCGGUCGUGGACACGAUGAACAAGCUGGCGAGGGGGGAGAAGCUGAACUGGUACUCGAUCACUGCACCGGAUUUCGAUUGGUCAAGGUUCAAGAUGGUGGAUCCGUCCCGCCCGGUCGGUGCUGGCCAUUCUCUGGGUGGAAGCGCAGUCCUCGCAGCAUCCUCCGCAAACAAGAUACCAUUCAGCUGUAUCAUCGCAUUUGACCCUGCGGUACAACGCCUAGCACCCUGGAAGGCACCGCUGCCGCACCCUCUGCUAGUAGUCAACUCGGAAGAAUUCGUCGUCGGCGAGGAAUACCGCAUCUUCUCCGGCCAGAUGGCCGGCACGACCGAAGAUUCGCUCCAAGUAUUCAGCAUCGGCGGCGCCACGCACCCCUCGUUCUCGGACGUCUUCCUCAUCCUGCCCGACUACAUCAAUCGGCUCACGGGCCUCAAAGUCUCCGCGGACAAGGUCAUCCAGCGCACGGUCGGCGCCGUCGAGGACUUCCUCGGUCUCCACCCCAGCCACACCACCAAACUCGACGCCGACAACCGCUCGUUCGACGACGGCGAGCACGCGACGAGGACGAUGGCGACGGGCGGGGGCGUGCCCUCCGCGGACGCGGCGGGCGUGAUCAGCCCGACAAUGGAAGAGAUCGGUGCGACGGGGCCGGGGGAGGGGAAGAAGGGCGAGGGUCAAGGGGCUGGGGCAGCGCGGAAAGCUGGGGUGGGGAAGGUGAGGUACGAUCGGGUGUAUGAGACGGCGGGGAGGGAGGAGAAGGCGGGCGAGAAGCUGAGCCGGCCGAUCGCGAAACCGGGCGAGCUGGUAAAGCAUCCAUUACCAGCGUCGUCGUGAGAUGUUUAAGAGUUGGCAAUUGGGACGCUUUGAGACAUUGUUCACAUGCUGACAGCUAAUUAAUGGAGUGCAUAAUGUACGGUAUCAUACUAUGUAGUAUACAGGAUCUUUCUAUCGGCAUUCAAUGGGUAUCACCUUGUAUCACCUCGGAGAAGAGCUCUUCGAGAAGAUUAGCCUGCGGAGGCGCGUGAGCAAUUUGCGCUCUCCCUGUGGCGGCGCAUCGGUGAAGCCUGCACACUGCCUUGCGAAAUCGACGACGGCAAGCAGGGUGGCAUUCCGGAACGGGCAAUCAGAGGGGAGUGCGGCGUAAGCGUCCUCGAGCGCCUUCGCGCGAACGGGCAACAGAGACGCGGUGGCCACCCGAGGCACGUCCGCCACGUCCGUGGAGAAGAUCGCCGCGUACGCGCGCGCGUUGAUGUCCUUGAGACCCGGCUCGGGUCCGUCGGUGUUCUUGGCGUCUACCUUGAUGCGUUUCCAGAUCGAGUGGAACGUCUGGAGCCAGUCAUCUUCGGCGGUGAGAUAUUGGGUUUCGGCUUCCGAGCAAAGAUAGAGGGCUUGUCGAUCGAGAAUGCCCUGGACGACGUCUUGCACCUUUAUGCCGACGGAUGAGUGGUUGCCCGGUUUAGACGGUACAGAGAUGUCCGAAACGGGCCCGGUACGGCGAUUUGACGUAGGAGGCAUUCCGAGAAGAGCACAACAGAGGAGGAAGCGAAAGUCGGGAUGGUGCCGC